AUACUAUCAGUACUGUGUACGAUAGACAUCUCGUUUCAUUACAACAAUGAUUUCUUGUAAGACUUUUCAAGAAUAGAAUGCAUCAUUCUUUUAUUUUCAUUGAUUUGUAAAUAAUAUUAUAUAUAUAAAAUUAAUGUGUAUGACACUUCAGAUGAUCAAUCAGACGGAAGAAGAUUUCGUUCAAACUACUUCCUAAAAAAAAACACAUCAUGUUUGUGUAAGAGUGUGAUGUAAAAAAGAAGAAGGAGUACAAUGUUUAUUAAAAUGCUGCUGCGCUAAGUAAUAUGAUGUUCAUUUUAAGGAAGUAAAAAUGAAAGACAUUUGUGUUCUUUUAAACUGUGAAGAUGUCGAAGACUUUGCGGAAUACCUUAAGGAGUUAUUUCUUAAAGGAAAUUUAGAAUUAAAGAUAAACUUUCAAAACAUCGGAGAGAUUGCUGAUUUGACAGAAUUAUCUACAUACAAAUUGGUAGUAGUACUAUGCAGUCCUUGUAUGAUAGAAUUCUUUGACAACGAGUCGGAAAUAGAAAGAUUUCAAAAAAUAUUGGUGAAUCAUCCGUGCAUAAUUUGUCUGCAGUAUUACGUGGAAAAUGAUGAUAUAUCACGCUUACAAACAGCAUUAGCAGUUGACCCAAAAAGUUGGAAACUAUUUCAGAAUCUUGAAACUAAACAGGAAUGUACUGAAACUAUAGCGAGUAUUUUUGAUGUUCUUGAGGAACAGUCUCGUGUGCCCCAACCCACAGUGAAGCCUUUACCAAAGAAAAGAUUAUUAAGAAAAUCGAAGAGAUCCGCUAAAAUUUUCCCAAACUGUGUAUACAAGGCAAACGAGCAUGUUGCGAUUAUAUUCCAGAAACCACCAAAUGGUACUGUUCAGGUCAUGUUCAACGAAUUUGAUAAGAUAGUUGAUGCAAAAGAAUCAAUCAAUGAAACUACAUAUCUUUUCCGCGUUCCAUCAUUACCAAAAUCCGGAGACGUACGGAUAUCGUUAUUAUGUGAUAGUGAAAAAACAGCGGAUUGUGUUCUGAAAAUUGUGAAGCCUAAUCUAGCUGCAUACGAAUGUUUAGACUUUUUAUCACAAGUAUUAGGCGUGGAUGCUAAUGAAAAACAAGUACUUGAUAGUAAAUUGUUAGAUCUAUUCGACAAGAGUAUUCCUAGCGAUGGAACCUUGGCUGAACUGAUGAAAGUGCAGGCUCAGGACAUGCCCUUUCAAGAACUAAUCGAAAGUGACCAGGAAAUACCAACAUUACUACAUUUUGCUGCCAAACAUGGCUUAGAGGAUUUGACAUGCAAUAUCUUAGAUACCCCUGGAUCUAGUGCCGCCUUUCAGAUAGAAAAUAAAGACGGUCACGACCCGGCUGAUCUUGCGGAAUUGAAUGGUCACGUAGACCUAGCUGAACAUAUGAGAACACAUUUUGAAACUCAAACUAUGGUUGAUUAUAUCCAUUUGGCUAUGGAUAACAACUAUUCUAACCAAGAAGAGCUAGAAAGAGCUAGGAAUCAGGCAAUAGAUAACUCUAGAAGCAAAAGUUUUAAAAACAUACCAACACAAGAAAAAAUUCAAUUAGAGGAAAAAUCCUUGACUUUGCCAAGACCAAUACGAUCUGUUCCUCUCCCUCCUGAACCAACAGAAGAAGAAGAAAAAUAUGGUGGAAUGAAACCAGACGAAUUCAUGGGUAUAAGUUCUAAGCCUAUUCAAACAGCAUCAACAUUAGGAUCUUCAACUCAUGAUGAACUAAUAGAAAUUGGCAAUGCCGUGAAGAAUGGUGAGUUUACAGUAGACGAAGCUGAAAGGCUGUAUUCUUCGUGGGUGGAUAGAAAUAAGGCUGCCCAAUCGAAAUCGCUGAAAGAGCGACAACUGGCAAUUGAAGAACUCAGAAACCAGUACCAAACAGUCUUUAAACCGGAAAAGCAACUGCAACAGCGACAAAGUAUUUUUACCAAAUUAAAACAGAAAGUUUCUCCAAGAAAAAAAACUCAAGCAGAGGAAAUAUAUGUAAUGCAAAUCACGCAUCCUUCUGUCGGCAGGGAUGGUAAGACACACACCCCAGGACGGGAUAGCACUAUAAGUAAUUCAAGCUCAUCAAGUGGAGGAUCAAGAGGCAGUACAAUGAGUACCCAAUCUUGGAGAGAUAGCAGUUUAGGAAGCAUGCAUGAGGAGAGUGCAUCUGAUAGUGAUGGUAUUGAUUGCUGUGUAGAUAUAUCUAAACAUUCAGAGGACACACCAGUAUAUGAAGUACAGAGACGACAAUCUGAACCAAAAGAGAUUUUAAACAUCCGCAGAAGUGCAGAAAAACGAAUAUCCCUGAAAGACCAGUUUUUGCAAAAAGUCAAAAAAGAAGAAGAAGAAUCUCCGAUAUUACCUCCACGGACGUCAGAUACUUUCAAACCCGGAACGCCACCUCCUCCAAGUAGAAAUAGACCACCUCUUCCGUUGCCAGAUUCCGAUAUUGGCAAACCUGCCUCUUCCAGAGAACAACGACCUCCACGAUCUGUCGGUCGGCCUCUUCCUAAUAUACCUACAAAUAAUGAUCAAAACAAUGGAAAUAAACCACCACUACCUAGUCCGAUGUCAAAACGGGCACCAGCUCCACUUCCGAGUAACACAACACAUAAACCAGCAACCCCAUCGUACAAACUGCCACCUAGACCACCAAAAAAGAUGUCAUAAAUUAAUCAAUAUUUAUAAACUGUGAUAUAUAUAUAGAUAUAUUUAAGUCUGACAAGAAUCCGUUGAAGUGGUCAUAAAUCGGGGUAGGGAGGGGCACUUCAAUAUUUUUUUUUUGGUAGAGAUGAGCAUCUUAGACAUCCUGUAUCCAACCUUUUCAUAUAUUUUGAAUAACAAAAAACAUACCCUUUCAUGUAUUUGACAAAUA